GUCUUUUCCUGCGUUUGGGGGAAAGCGAACACACAAUGUUCGUUUCCUAAAUACGGGAUGUGCUGUGUGGCUGGCAGGUCAUUUUCCACCAUGUCACAUCCUUCUGGUUGAAGGCAGCAGGGGUUAGGACAGGAAACGGCAAAUUCUCAGAAUGAGACAAGGCUUUCCCAGGGCAGUCAUUGGUUCUCUGGGACUAUAAAACAUGCUCAUCCAGAAACAGCCUCAGAUUUUUCUUUCCUGGAGAUAGCCAGAAGUGAAUGGGCAUGGAGCGGCCUGCGGCCCGGGAGCUGCAGGGCGCCGACGCGCUGCGCCGCUUCCAGGGGCUGCUGCUGGACCGCCGCGGCCGGCUGCACGGGCAGGUGCUGCGCCUGCGCGAGGUGGCCCGGCGCCUCGAACGCCUCCGCCGGCGCUCCCUGGCGGCCAACGUGGCUGGCAGCUCGCUGAGCGCCGCGGGCGCCGUGGCAGCCAUCGUGGGGCUCUCGCUCAGCCCGGUCACCCUGGGCGUGUCGCUGGUGGCGUCGGCCGUGGGGCUGGGGGUGGCGACCGCCGGAGGGGCCGUCACCAUCACGUCCGACCUCGCCCUGAUCUUCUGCAAUUCCCGGGAGCUGCGCAGGGUGCAGGAGAUCGCCGCCACCUGCCAGGACCAGAUGCGCGAGAUCCUGAGCUGCCUCGAGUUCUUCUGCCGCGGCCAGGGCCGCGGGGACCGCCAGCUGCUGCAGUGCGGCCGGAACGCCUCCAUCGCCCUGUACAACUCUGUCUACUGCGUCGUCUUCUUCGGCUCACGUGGCUUCCUUAUCCCCAGGCGGGCGGAAGGGGCCACCAGGGUGAGCCAGGCUGUGCUGAAGGCCAAGAUUCAGAAACUGGCGGAGAGCCUGGAGUCCUGCACCGGGGCCCUGGACGAACUCAGCGAGCAGCUGGAGUCCAGAGUCCAGCUCUGCACGAAGGGCGGCCGUGGCCGCGACCUCAAGAUCUCUGCUGACCAGUCCGCAGCGCUGUUUUUCUGAGAACAUCCUUUCCCUUCAUGACCGAGGCCAAAAACCAUCCCCAUGGGAUGCUCUAGAUUUGUAGCUCCCUCAGGAAAACAACACCAAGUUGGAUGAGGAGCGGAAUGCAAAGGAUGAGAAAGACUGUUCUUGAAACUGGGGGGAAGGAGGGAGUGCCCAGAGCCCUUCUUUUCCUAUCACCGUGGCAUCCUGCCUGGGGUUGUGUGCUAGGGACUUUUUACUUGCCUAAUCCUAUGGGCUAUGUGAACUGAAAACUCUUGUUCUUUAUCAAAACCGUUCAGUUGCCACACUGGUGGGCGCCCCUGUAUUAAAGUUGACUCAGGGUCCUUGCCCCAGCCCUGGUGGUUUGAGCAGAGGUUGGGGAGGCUGUGUGUGAGGCCACCCUCUGGGGCCUCUCCAAGCCCCACUAGGCUCUGAGGUCCUCAAAAUGAGGAGGAGACACUAGCUUUUAAAACUUCUCUUCCAGAGUUUCUGAGUAUAAACAACUCCAGAGUCCGGAGCAAAUCAGGUCCCUCUGAACUGUGUAGCAGGGUUCAGGACCCAAGAGGGGCCUCUCCCAUUCUCACACUCUUCCUUCCACCCUCUGGGUGCCUGCUCUCAAAUCCAGCCUGGGGCAGAGUGGGUAUUUCUGAAGGGCUUCAUAGCCAGACCUCCGGAUAUUCUGGGAGGGAAACCGAGUAAACGGUCAUCUGAAUCCCACCCCCUUGCAACAAGCCGCUGAGGCCAAGGACGAUGAAGUGAUGCACAACCUUCCUUACCCGCAUCCUAGUGCACAGAAGAGAUCAGUGGCUUUGAGUUAGUCCUGGGUUUAUUAUAGGCUCUGUCACUACUGUGGGACCUUGGCCACUUAAUUUCUCUGAGACUUGGCUUCCUGGUCUGUGAAACAGAUGCUAAAGUCACCCUGUUUUAAGGUAUUGAGAUGAAGUGCCAAGCACAGUGUCUGACUCAGGAAGUGUGUGCCCCCCUCCCCCUGUCCGACUGGCAACAUUAGCAUCACCUGGGAGCUUGGUAGAAAGGCAACUUCUUGGACUCAACAGUCGACUUAAGGAAUCAGAAACUCUGGAGGUGGGGCCCAGCAGCCUGUGUUUAAAACAAGCCCACAGGGGAAUCCUGAUAUCCACUAAGUUUUGAAGAGUACUGCAACAGAUGUUGUUGGUUUCUGAUCCCCUCGUGGGCGUUCAUGAAGUCUCACGGCCUCUCCAGGGGCUCCAUGGUCUUCAGAGUCAUUCACAGAAGGUCAAGGACAGACAGGGUCCCAAAAGUGAAAGAAAGAGUAUGUGCAGGAUCUGUCAGGGCGUCCUGGGGCAAUUUCCCACCCUGCGAAGUAAGGGAUAUAACAAAAUACCCCUCUAGAGGGCAGUGUUGCCCACUCAUUGCAGGAACUGGUACACAAAGGACCGUGAACUUAAUGCAAAUUGACCUUUGUUACCUUCUCUGAAGACUGCUGGCCUUGUUUUUUUUUUUUUUUAAUUUAUUUUAAGUUUGUUAUUUAAUUGCUGUUUAUUAUUUGCAUUUAAAUGUAUUUAAUCACCAUGCCACGUUUAGAAAAUAAUAGGAAUAGCAUGUUUCUGAUCGGGAGGCUGUGGAGGCUCUUUUCAGGAGAUGACGCUGAGUUUUGCCUUCCUAAGGUGGGGCAUGACUUGGAAAUAGCAUUGCUCUCCUUGAAUAAGUCUCUCUCCAGGAGAGGGGGAAUUUUAUUUUCUAGUGAUCUGAGUGAUCCUUUUAGGUAAAUGUGGGAAGUUCUGAAUAGAGAGACCACAGACGAAUUUAGGCUUCCCAAUGGAGGUUUGACUUGCGGGCUAUAGAAAGGAUGCAAGCAUAUUUAUCCUGAAGGUACUUCGCCAGCAAAUAACACUUGACCUGAAAGGGAACCUAUUUUGUUCGGGGAGGAAAAGAACCCAUUAGAGUCAUGAGAGGGAGGCACUCAGACCAGGGCAGCCUCAUGUCUUGUGACAUUAUGUCUUGUGACAUUAUGUCUUGUGGGUGAUAGGCAAAUAGCUUAUGUGGUGAUGUGUUAUACUUUAACUUUGGGAGCUGUAGGGAAUCACAAGCUGUCUCUAAGAAAAUACUUACCAUUUCUUCAAUUUCCAUUCCUACAGCCAUAAUGUUGAAAAUAUGUUGAAAAGCCUUUGGGAACCACACACCCAACACUUGGCUGUGUUAUUUAGUUGUUUAACAUGCUUUAAAUUUACCCGGUCUACCCCCAUGUUUCCCAGUGGUGGCAGAAUGUCUGAGGAACUGUAAUCUCAGCGCUGGGGAGAGAGCUUAGUGAUUCUGUGUUUUUAUUUCUCCUAUAAAUUGCAAUUGAUCCUUGUUUCUUUUGAAGCUGGCACUGGUUUCUUUUUAAACUGGUAUCAUUUCUUAGACCACCUUGUACGAAUGCUAGCAUUUUAGAUCACCAGAAUGUACUUUACAUCGUCGUCUGGGUUGUGUCUCAAAAGCACAACUACUCCCUGACUCCAUCUUUUAUUAAUGCUUAAGUUUGCAUCAUAGUCUUCCAAUGGGUGGGUUGUUCCCUAGAAAUUAAUUGGAUAUUUCAGGAAGCAACAGGAGCAACAGCGGCAGCAAAUUUUCCUAUCAUUAGGGUAUUUUGGGGGAUAUCAAAGUCAUAAAUUCCCAAAGUUAUCAUUUCAGUAGCCCCCCUUUACAUCUAAGGAAGAGUGUCUACUUUGGAACAAUACUUUGCACAUUAUAGGAGCUCAAUACAUGCAUUUAAAUAAUUUAAUGGACUGCUUAGCUAUAGUAUUAGAAUUUAUUGGUAAUGAAAUGUUAUCCAUUCUUUUCUGGGUCUGAUAUAAAAAGCGGAGCCUCUACCAGGAUUUAGCCAAGUCCAGUUAAAUGGAUCCUAGAGACAAAUACUUAUUUAUUUCUUUUGGGGGAAUGCAAAUAAGGCUUUUCCUUAAGGCCUUCAUUCUGUAAACAAACAGAUCGAAAUGGUAUGUUGCAAAAGGAAGAAGAGAGAGGAGUAUUUAGAUUACAAAUGUACUUCAGAAAAAUGUCCAAGCUUGAAAAAUAAAAAUUUUGUUCUAAGAUUUAA